AUGCUGGCGGCGCGCCCCAGGCGGUGUCAGCUCCGUGCCAUACCCCUCCCCAACUCUGCUAUCAACACUGACCACGCCAUCGACAUCAGUAAUCCGCGCUCGACAGAUAUCUCCGCAGCCUACUCGCGCAUGGCCAAGCUGCGCGCUCCCAUGAUCAAGCACAUUGCGAUCAUCCAAUGCCGGCGGCUAUUUCGACUCCUCAUCUACAGGGACUUGAUCCCCUGGUCGUGGCACGUUGCCCCCUCCCGCUCACCGCCCUCAAACUCGACACCACCAGCCCAGUGCCCGAACAGAGCAACAAUAUUGGCCUCGUACGCCGUCAUCAACGCCCUCACCCUCUGGUUCACUAUCAUGCUCGGCCGCCGUACAGUGGUCCACUAUCUCACUCGCGGCUGGCUCGGCAGUCUCGGCUCCCCCUGGUGGCCCGUCUCGGCCGUCCUGGCCACGGGCCUAACCAUAGGGCAGACCCUUUCUCAACGCACACUUAGUGCGGGCCGCGCCCGGGUACGCGCCACACGUCCCCGCGCAGAGCUCGCGCUGCUGUGGCUCUGCCGGCAGAGGAUCGCGUGGGUGGCCGUGCUGCUCGCCAAGUGGCGGCUCGAGGAGGGCAUGUACGUGGGCGUGGCGGCGUCGGCGACGCUGCAGGAAACCAUCGUGCAGGCGCUCGGGCUGGGUUACAUGGGCAUGACGGUGGACUGGGGCCGGACGCUGGGGUUGUAUGAGGUGCGGAACGGUGGGUUGUGGGAAGUUGUCCGGGAGGAGUGGCGGGGCCCCGCAAGGAUAAUGUAUGCCGGAGCCAUGCUGUGGAUGGCGUCUGUACUUGUGCGGGCUUUCGAGGGGGGGGGAGUGAAAGGGGUGAAGGGGGUGACAACUGUGAAUGAGGGCUUUGGUGGCCAUCUGAAGGAUCUGUGGCAGGCGAUGAAGGAGUAUAUGAGGAGGGGGGUGUUUCGGAGGUUCGCUGAGACUAUGCCGCCGUUGGAGGUAGCGAUCGAUAUGCUGAGAAGCCAGGGGCUGGUUGCGCCGUCCUCGUGCGCUCAUGGUGUGCCUCAGAUGGCCGGAAUGAUCGAAAAUAGGGAUGAGGCACGGCAGGUGGAGGCCAUUUCACAGGAGCAGGCAAAGGGCGAGACCGAGUGUGUCCCCGAAGACCAGCACAGUUCGGGGCCGUAUGCCUGGCUCUUCGGGAUGGGGUUGUCCCUCGCCGGCAUACUGCCCUCCAAGCGUGUGGCAACUCAUCGCCAUAUGGGGUGCUGGGUUGGCGAUAUCCUCGUUCAUCCGUGGUGGGCCCCCCUUGACACCUCGGACUUUGGGUUCAUGGAGAGUCUCAACAAGCGGUCCGUUUAUGAACGCUGA